UCGUUGCUCUGCCAAAACAAGGAACAAGUUGAAGAAGCACCCGAGCACAUACACGAAGACGAACUCGAACACGAACACGAGCAGCGGCUUGAACACGAACACGACGAUGUGCAACAACGUGAUCAGGUUGUGCCUCGCCUGCGCGCAGGUGACCCCGAACAAGGGCAGCUCGUGCCCCUCGUACGACGACGCGAAGAGGAACGGAGCCACGUACGAGGACAUGUACGACAAGGCGUGGCUCAUCGAGCACACGAAGGAGAAUCCGGAGAAGUUCAGGAACCAGGUCACGCUCACGUUCUGCACCAACUGCGAGCACAAGAAGACGCCCGGGUUCAAGCCCAACAUCAAGAAGGUGGCCAAGUCCGCAAUACCUUUCUAAGCUAA